AUGGCGGCCUUCGCGGGGAAGUGGGAGGCGUUCGGGCAGACCAAGGUGGCGGCGCUGAAGGCGGCUGUGGCGCAGGGCGUGGCGCAGAGCCAGCAGAUGUUCGAGAAGGAGAAGCCGGUGCAGCUCACGCCCGUCGAGCAAGAAACCAAGGUGAAGGAGCUGCGCGCAUCCCUCGGUCCGCUUCCCAAACGCGCGCAGAUAUUUUGCUCCGACGCGUGUCUGCGCCGAUACCUGCGCGCGCGCAACUGGCACGUGCAGCGCGCCGAGCGCAUGCUGCGCGACACGCUCAAGUGGCGCGACCAGUGCCGCCCGGAGGAGAUUCGAUGGGCUGACGUGGCGGAGGAGGGCGCGACGGGCAAGGUGUACCGAACUGCGUUCCAGGACAAACACGGCCGCCCAGUCGUGGUGCUCUCUGCCGGCCAGCAGAACACCAACAACCACGCAGGGCAGGUGCGCCACCUGGUGCACUGCCUUGAGAACGCAGUCAUGAACCUGCCUGCCACUGCCCGUGAACAGCAGCAGCCACAGCAGCAGGAUAAUGGCAGGCAGGGGGAGCAGCAGGGAGGGGAGCAGGGGGGGCAGGAGCAGAUGGUCUGGCUGAUUGACUUCCGCGGGUGGAGCAUGCGCAAAGCCCCGCCACUCAAGACGUCUCGCGAGGUGCUGAGCAUUCUGCAGAGCCACUACCCGGAGAGGCUCGGCGCUGCUGUCAUCUACAACCCACCUGCCGUCUUUGAGGCCUUCUGGAAGGUGAUUCGCCCCUUCAUAGACCCGGUGACAUUCAACAAGAUUCUCUUUGUCAACCCAUCCAAGCCCGACACGGUGAAGAAGCUUGAGGGAAUCUUCGACCUGGACCGUCUUGAAGAGGCGUUUGGAGGCAGAUCCAAGUGGACCUAUGACCAUGCGAGAUAUGGCGAGAUGAUGGCACGGGAUGACGAGAAGACAGCAGAGUACUGGGGGAUUGUUGAGGGAGAACGGUUGGGGCAGCAGCAGGCGAUUGUGGGGGAUGAGACCAUCGCGAAAGAUAUGCUUCGAAACGAUCGAAAUCCAGAACCGAACACGGUGAAGGAGCUGCGCGCAUCCCUCGGUCCGCUCCCCAAGCGCGCGCGGAUAUUUUGUUCCGACGCAUGUCUGCGCCGAUACCUGCGCGCGCGCAACUGGCACGUGCAGCGCGCCGAGCGCAUGCUGCGCGACACGCUCAAGUGGCGCCACCACACGCCAGCAACCGUGCAGGGCGGUCCUCACACACCCCACCAACCUCUCUUGUACACUCCUCUUGUCGCAGGACACCAGCAACCAUGCGGGGCAGGACACCAGCAACCAUGCGGGGCAGGAGGAGCAGGGGGAGCAGCAGGGAGAGGAGCAGGUGUCAUCUACAACCCGCCUGCUGUCUUUGAGGCCUUCUGGAGGUGA